CCUUGACGUGGCAUUAAUAAACAAAGAUGGCGGCGGCGCCUGGAGCCGCUUGGAGCUUUACGGUUAUUAUCAUCGUCAGUUAACAGCCAUGUCUUUUCUUAUGUGCAUUUUCAUCCGUCCUUGUUUUGGCGUGAGCUUGUGAAAUGAGCGGUUGGGCUGGUUUUUCUGACGAGGAGCUGCUGAGGAUGCAGCAGAAAGACUCUGCAGUGGCCGCGGCGGCCGCUCGAGGCAGGAAACCGGGCACAACCAACAGGAGUCGGCAGCAGUUACAGCGGGAGAAGGCUCUUCAGUUGGCGGCUCUGAAGAACGCAAGGGGCGAAUUGACUCUGCUUUCCCCCGAGCAGCAGCUCACCAAACCGCCACCAAAAGAACCGGCUCAGCCUCCAGCUCCAGAAAGAGCCGCUCAACGGGAGGUGACGGCGAGUGACAUGCAUCAGCCGGCUGCAGAGGAGGAGACCCCGGCUGUCAAAGAGCUGGAGAGGCGAGAGGUGGAACUACGAGAAAAGACACGCUUGGAACAACUGCAGCAAGAACAAAAAGUAAUAGAAGAGAGGAAUAAGCGCAAGAAAGCUCUACUAGCAAAAACUAUUGCUGAGAAGUCCAAACAGACGCAGGCGGAGGCUGUGAAGCUGAAGAGAAUCCAGAGGGAGCUCCAGGCCCUUGACGACAUGGUCUCCAAUGACAUUGGCAUCCUAAGAGGGAAGAUAGAGCAGGCCAGCUGGGAUUACACUGCUGCGAGAAAGCGUUACGAGAAGGCAGAGGCCGAGUAUGUGACGGCCAAACUGGACCUACACAAGAAGACGGAGGUGAAGGAGCAGCUGACAGAGCACCUCUGUGCCAUCAUACAGCAGAACGAGCUGCGUAAAGCACACAAGCUGGAGGAGCUGAUGCAGCAGCUGCAGCUUCAGGCCUCAGAGGAGGAGCUGGAGAGGAGCAAAGGCUGCGUGGAGGUGCAGGAUGGGAAGGAGGAAGACGGCUCUGCACAGAAUGAGGAUGAAACCGUGCAAUCAACCAAGCCCUCAGAGGAGGAGAUGGUGAAGGGAAGUGAUGUCCAGCAAGUGCACAAACUACUGACUGAGGCAGCAAAGACUGAACAGGACUGUGAAACACUAGAGAAUGGCCUUCAGAGCGAGGCUGUGGUCUCCUGAUGGUCCUGUACAUGUAUCACACGCUGUAGGGAUCGCUAUCAAACACUAAAACAUGUCUGGGCUGGGUAUCCUCUAGAAAUAAGGGACUAACUUCAAAGACCAGCGUGUCGGAAGCUUUGACUAAACUGACAAAGUGCAGAUUUGUGUAAUGUCCUGAAUUCUGAUGGAUGAAGAUGGUAAAAAGCCAGACACAUGACUUAAGGCUCACUUCCACCAUAAAGGUCCCAGGAACUCAAGCUAGCAAACAUUUGCUUGGGAGAUCAGCAGGUUUCAUCCACAUAUAUAAGAAAGACUUCAUUAGCUUCAUUUAAAUGCACAGUAACAUUAAACUUAUAUCGGUGUAGAAGUACAGGCCAGGGACUGAACUAGGACCAAAGGUCUGCUGGUGGAAGGCUCUGCAGUGGAAGUGGGUCUUUAUUUGUUGGUGCGUGGGAGCGUCCUUGGUUUCUCUAAACUGACUGAUGUUCCUCGUAGGUUGUGAGUGUUCCAGGUUUAAACGGAGUUAUGUAAAGUUCUUAGAGAGAUGUUUAUAUUUGUGUUGCUGCUUAGUAGAAGUCUAAAGCGUACUGUACCGAAGCUGCUCUCGCUGCGUCUCUAUCUGUUGGUUCAGAGACAAUCAUGUUUAAUCAUCUGCAGGAAACCUGAAGUCACAAACAAUCCUGCAGCCACCGUCCUCGACGUCUGCUUUUUAUGUGAGCGCUUCCAAAGAGAGUCGUCUUCCAACCAUAUGCUUGUACAUCAGAUGUGAAUUAUGUCUGAGCAAAGGUUGGAUUCAUUGGACAACUGGUUUUGAUUGUUGUCUCAGUGGCAGGAGUGAAAGACUGUGUACUUCCUGGAAGCAAAUGUCUGUUUCAUGCUGAAGGAGCUGAGAAUUAAUCCAUAUUUACUUGGAGUAAAAGCGCUGGUGUCUCCUGUGCAGUAGAUGAGGUUUAGCUGCCGGGCCUGUGUUGAGCUCUUUCAGGUGCCUCCUCCGUCGUAAGGCGAUAUCUGCAUGGACCGACCUGGUUCACUCUGCGCAUAACCUGAUGUUGAAGCCUGGAAACUCGGGCCUGACCAAGGUCGGGUUCAUGAAUUUGAAUGGAUGUAAGCGGUGAUGAAAUGGGGUAAAUACUGGAGCUGAAGCUUUUAUUAAACUAAACCUCAGAGUGGA